UCUUCCAUGUUUCACGAGUCCCUUACGACCAAAACCCAAUUCCCGGCGCGAACCACGGUUGUAUUUCGUUCAAUUUGGGUAUGAGAGAUGGUGGAUCUGCCAAGGUCAUCCCACAUAGCUGUCAUGAUCGCUCCCGAAAAGCUAGGAUCAAAUCUUCUGGUGGCUUGUGGUUUGUGAGCACUAUACGGGGUCAAGUCAUUUCGAAUGUGAUCAGAAAACGGUUGGUAUAAAGAUUAGGGGGGCGUUGCCUUUCAGAGUAUUCAUUUCUUCUUUUCCCAUCCUCGCCAUCCAGAAUUAUUAUCUCUCACCAUCACCCAUAACACUACAAACCUCACGGUCAAGAUGUUUUCCAACUCACUCCUCCUGCUAUGUCUGCCUGUCCUGACGUUGGCGCAUUUUGAACUGAACUUCCCACCAUCACGUGGAAGCAACGAUGAGAACCAGGCAACCUUCCCUUGUGGUGGCUAUUCACAGACCCAGAACCGCACGCGUGUCUCGUCGACCGAAGUGCCCGUGUCUGUGAAGCUAGGACAUACUGAGAACCUAUUCCAAAUUCUGUUGGCAAUUGGCGACGACGUGGGAAGCUCAUUCAACUAUGAACUCCUCCCGACCAUUCGCGAAAUGGGUCCUGGCGAUUUUUGUCUUUCGAGCAUUCCUGUUCCCAGCAACCUGAACAUUACCGACGGCACCAAUGCCACCAUCCAAGUCAUUACAAACAGUCAUGACGGGAGUGGUCUUUACAACUGUGCAGACAUCACAUUCACAACGACAAACCCAGAGACACCGUCGUCGUGCACGAACGGGACUGGAAUCAGUGCCACGCCUCUCUCAGGGAGCAGUUAUACUUUUGCCAACGAGUCAAGUAGCCACGGAGAUGGACACGGGUCAAGCAGCACGUCUGGAACCGCGUCCGGGACAGCAAGCAGCUCUGCAAGUGCCACUGCUGCUACGUCUUCGGGGUCUGGUCAAGGAAAUGGUGCUCCCAUGAUGAGUGUCGGAUGGGGUAUUUUGGGAGCUGCAGCUUUGGCUGGUGUUGUCAUGUUGUAGACAAAGUCAGAAUGAUGGAGUAGCAACUUUUGAAUGAAACAGCGGAAAGGUAGAUACGACUAGAAAUGUGUAUGGCUUGUCAUAUGACGUGAUGUGAUGAGACGAGACGGGCUUUUUUAGAUGGACACUUGUAUGGUAGUGUAAAGUCCAACAUUGGCCAUGCCUUCGUCUGUACUGAAACACUCUUUCAUUACAAUCUUCCCAAAUCCAAUGAUCCAUAACACAACAGGAACACAACUGCC